UUUUCCUUCACUCCUCGUCCUUUUCUCUAACAGUCUGAGGAAAGUAACGAAACCCAAGAUAUGGAUUUCCUCUUCAAAGCCCUGCUCUUCUUCCUGUUUUUGUUUUUGUUUUUACACCGCUCACCAACAAAAGCUGAGGAUUUCAAUGCCAGUGCCGCCAGAAGUUUAUUAGCUUCUAACUGCAACUGGUUCAGAGGGAAAUGGGUAUAUGACCCUUCAUAUCCUCUCUACGACGCCUCCAAAUGUCCAUUCAUCGAUGGAGAAUUCGACUGCAAAAAAUAUGGCCGACCUGAUAACAUGUAUCUCAAGUAUAGAUGGCAACCAUUCUCCUGUAGCAUUCCCAGGUUUAAUGGGCUGUAUUUCUUGGAGAAAUGGAGAGGAAAGAAGAUCAUGUUCGUGGGUGACUCACUCAGCUUGAACCAAUUCCAGUCGUUAACGUGUAUGAUUCAAGCCUGGGUUCCAAAUUCCAAGAUUUCAUACAUCAAAAGAGAUGGCCUUACUUCAGUUACCUUUCAGGAUUAUGCAGUAAAGAUAUUGCUAUAUAGGACCCCGUACCUAGUUGACGUAGUGAAUGAGGAGGUUGGAAGAGUCCUGAAGCUGGACUCAAUCAAGAGUGGUGAUGCAUGGAUAGGCAUGGACAUGCUGAUCUUUAACACGUGGCAUUGGUGGACUCACACAGGGAGAACCCAACCAUUUGAUUACAUACAGGACGGUGGUAAAACGUUCAAAGACAUGAACCGUAUAAUUGCAUUUUACAAAGGACUGACAACUUGGGCCAGAUGGGUCAACCGCAACGUUGAUCCUUACAAAACCAAGGUCUUUUUCCAGGGGAUUUCUCCGACGCAUUAUGAAGGAAAGGAUUGGAACGAGCCGACACAAUCAUGUUCAGGACAGAAGCAACCAUUCUUUGGCAUUAGAUACCCAGCAGGCACACCCAUGGCUUGGGUUGUUUUGAAGAAGGUCCUCAGUAGGAUUAAGAAACCAGUGUAUUUGCUCGACGUUACAGCACUCUCACAGUAUCGGAAAGACGCACACCCAUCAGCAUACAGCGGCAUACACAGUGGCACAGACUGUAGCCACUGGUGUCUUCCGGGUUUGCCAGAUACCUGGAACCAGCUUUUAUAUGCAGCGCUUUUUAGUUGAACCAUUGGAAGCUUAGGACAAAAGCGAUAGGUAGCUAGAAUUCGUAUGAAAACCAUCUUGUUUUCUACCCUAAGGAAUUUUCUUGUCGUCGAUUAUUGUGCAAGUGGGCAAUAAGAGAAAUCAUCAGAGUUCAAUUGUAAAUUUCAAUUGUUUCAGCACAAGUUCAAGAAAUUUUCCUUGCUAAUUCAAAAAUCUUAUUAGCUUCUACCUUUGUAA